GUCGUGGAGCUGCUGCUCAAGAAGGGGGCCGACGUGAAUGCCCAGGGUGGCCGGUACAGGAAUGCGCUCCAGGCGGCGUCAUUUUGCGGUCACAUCGCUGUCGUGGAGCUUCUGCUCAAGAAGGGGGCCGACGUGAAUGUGCAGGGUGGCCUAUACGGAAAUCUGCUUCAGGCGGCAUCGCUUUUUGGUCACAAAGCUGUGGUGGAGCUGCUACUGGAGAAGGGGGCCGACGUGAAUGCGCAGGGCGGUGGAUACGGAAAUGCGCUCCGGGUGGCGUCGGAAUGCGGUCACAUCACUGUCGUGGAGCUGCUGCUCGAGAAGGGGGCCGAUGUGAAUGCCCAGGGCGGCGAAUACGGGAAUGCGCUCCAGGCAGCAUCA